AUGCCUCGAAAGAAAAGUCUUUGUCACCUUUCGACGCGAAAUCAAAAGCUACCCUCAAUUCUCUACUUAAGUUUAAAACUUUGUGGUGGUGCUCAACUUGGCAAGGCUGUCAAGGGACGGAGCAAAGAUGGCAAAAAAGAUGGUUCUGGGUAUGAACUAUCAGAAGAAGAGCGGCGAUUACAAGAAUCAAUUCGCCGUAUGGAAGUAAAUGACAAUCUCAAGCGCUUGGUCGUGUCGAAAAAGGCUUCGUUACAAGGGUUGUUGGCUACGGAAGAGCGUAUCUCGCGCCUUAACAAACUUAAAAUUCAAGACCAUUGGCGUAAAAUUAUGAGACUUGUUAAACUUGAAACACUUCGUAAGGAGGUUGAGGUACGAUCGCAAAACCACGAGCGUGAUGUCGAUCGUAAAGAUGCUCUGAUUCAGAUGCUUGAUCGUGAUUUAAAAGAGGCGGAUGAACAAUUACGCAUGGCGAUACGUGCGCAUCUAUUAAAUGUUGAUGAGCUAAUUGAUUUGCAAGAUGAGCGGUUGCUUGGGCUAGAAAAGGAAUUCAAAUCAGAUUUAUGCGAGCUCGAAAAUGAAUUCCAGACUGAAAAGACGAAACUUAUUGCUCAGCAUACGAUGGAGCGCAAUGAGCUACAGCGCAUUAUGCAAGCUGUCGAACAACAGGAAAAAGAGCGAGAAGCCGAAGCUAGGCAAGAAUAUGAACAACUUCGUGAAGAGAUAAAGAACAAGAAUUUAGAAGACAUAAAUAUAUUGCGAAUUACACUGGAUAGUAGUAUUGAGGAACUGGAGCAGCAUUUUGAAUCUGCCCAUUUAAACUACUUACAAAAUACAGAUCAACGAACACAAGAUUUCAAGUAUUUGACAGCCAAAGAUCAAGAUCUGUCGCGUGAUAUUGAGUUCAAAAUUCGCAAGAUUGAACGACUUCAGCAAAGCUUGACAAUCUGGCGAGGUAAAAUUGCUCAGAAUGUACAUGAGUGUUCUGAGCGCAACAAAGCGCUUGAAGUAGAAAAAGCUACGAUCUCGAAUCAUUUUCGUAAGUUGAAAGCAAAAAUGAAUGGCAUGCGUGAUGAGCAGCGACGUCGUCUCGCCCAAUUCUCUCAAGGAGCUCAUGAAGCAGCAAAGAAGCUGGACACGCAUUUGCAGCUAAGUGAGAGAAUUUUGCAACUUGGUGAACUUGUACGAAAGCUCGAGACGGAGAGGGAGCGUGUACUGCCUUUCUAUCAGUCGACUCUUGCUGAUGAACAUGACGCUCAUGACUUAACAGAAAGUGUACGACUAGCACUGCGAACAGAAAAUAGUCGACAAGAUGAAGCGGAUCAGAUGCUUGACUAUCAGCCUCAAGGACUACAUAAUGGCACUCCUGUGAGUGAGUGGGAAUACCUUGACUUAUUCUGGAAAAGGCACAAUAAGGUGCUGCUUGACGAAAUUACUUUACGUCGUGAAAAAGAUCGUGUUGCUGCUGAGAAUCGCGAACUUCAGACAAUUUUACAGCAAUAUCUCGCCGGAAUUUCAAUUGGCCCAACGGUUCUGGACGGUGCGAACCCUUUGUUAGUAGUCAAUGGACGGUUAAGACUUCGCCAACCGGCAACAAAUCAAGAUUGUAAACCGGGCUGCCAACCCGUCAUUGACGCCAACCACAUGGUCGACACGAACCGAGUAUCAUAG